AUGUCAUCCUCUUCAUUAACGCUCGUUCAACUUCAACUUUAUCGUUAUGGACUUCUCACAAUCGUAAUUUUUGGUAAUAUUGGAAACGUAUUCAUUAUGUUUCUUUUCAAAAACCACUGGAAGAAUCCAUGUGCAAUGUAUCUGAUGAGUGCAGCUGUGACAAAUAUACUUUUGCUUACAUUCAACAUUCCCAUGGUACUCUACAGUUUUGAUUAUGGUGACCCAGCCUCAGACUCGAUGGUACUAUGCAAAUUACGCCCGUAUUUAAGUAAUGUCUGGAGUCAAAUGGGAAGAUAUUUUGUUGCACUAGCGUGCAUCGAUCGUUUGCGAACAUUUAGUCGAUUAUCAACAGCACGAUAUCUUAUUGUUAUAAUGACUAUUGUUUGGUCUAUUGCCGCUGGUCAUUCACUAGUAAUGACAACAAUUAUAGAUGGACGUUGUGGCAUGAAUAAACUCUAUUCCACUAUUUACACUAUUUAUAUAUUGGUCUUUACGUCUUUGAUUCCGCCUGUAACCAUGACUAUCUUUGGAUAUUUGACCUAUCGAAUUAUGAAACAAUUACGUACACGUAUACAACCAAUUCGAAAUGAUGAUGUAAGUGGUCGUCAAAGUUUUGGCAUUGCUAGUCGAGAUCGACAAUUAUUGACAAUGGUAAUUACAGAAAUCUUAGUAUAUGUCCGGUGA